GUUGCUGGUUGGAGCUCCACGGGAAAAGGCCUUUCCAUCCCAACAAGCCAACAGAACAGGAGGGUUGUACAGCUGUGACAUCACAUCUCCAAAUACACGCUGCACACGUGUCAUAUUUGAUGAGGAGACUGACCCGAAGACAGAGAGUAAAGAAGACCAAUGGAUGGGUGUAACUGUGCAAAGUCAGGGGCCAGGAGGAAAUGUGGUGACAUGUGCACAUCGCUAUGAGAAAAGGCAGUAUGUAAACACAGUGCAGGAAACCCGGGAUAUCAUUGGAAGGUGCUAUGUGCUGAGCCAGGAUCUCACUAUUAAGGAUGAUAUGGAUAAUGGAGUGUGGAGUUUUUGUGAUGGUCGUUUAAGAGGCCAUGAGAAGUUUGGUUCCUGUCAGCAAGGUGUUGCUGCUACUUUUACUAGAGACUAUCAUUAUAUUGUGUUUGGUGCCCCAGGCACUUACAAUUGGAAAGGGGUGGUUCGUGCAGAGCAAAAGAAUCAGACUUUUUAUGAUCUGGGUAUCUUUGAUGAUGGGCCGUACGAAGUUGGUGAUGAGAGCCGCCAAGAUAAGAAUCUAGUUCCUGUUCCAGCUAACAGUUACUUAGGUUUCUCUUUGGACUCUGGUAAAGGAAUUGUCUCCCAAGAUGAGAUGACUUUUGUGUCUGGUGCCCCAAGAGCCAACCACAGCGGAGCUGUUGUUCUACUGAAAAAAGAGAAAAAUCAGAGAGCGCUUUCGCUCGAGCACAUGUUUGAAGGAGAAGGGCUGGCCUCUUCUUUUGGCUAUGAUGUUGCUGUGGUGGAUCUCAACAACGACGGAUGGCAAGACAUUGUUGUUGGAGCCCCGCAGUAUUUUGACAGAAGUGGAGAUAUUGGCGGUGCUGUAUACAUCUACAUUAACCGGCAAGGCAAGUGGGAAGGAGUAACGCCUAUUCGCUUGAAUGGAACCACUGACUCCAUGUUUGGUCUUGCAGUUGAAAAUGUUGGGGACGUUAACCAGGAUGGAUAUCUGGAUAUUGCAGUAGGGGCACCAUAUGAUGGUUUUGGCAAAGUAUACAUUUACCAUGGAUCCAAGAAUGGAAUAAAUACAAAACCAGCACAGAUUCUUGAUGGUGAAAAAACAGGCACCAAUUUCUUUGGUUACUCUAUUGCUGGAAACAUGGACCUGGAUAAAAAUUCCUACCCCGAUAUUGCUGUUGGUUCCCUUUCAGAUUCUGUAUCUGUGUUCAGAUCUCGGCCUGUGAUCAGCAUUAGAAGCAGCAUUACAGUACAGCCUGACAGGAUUGAUCUAAAGAAAAAGAACCCUGAGGACCCUAGUGAAAUAUGGAUGGAUGUGAAAGCAUGUUUUCAGUAUACUGCAAACCCCAGUGAUUUAAAUCCAAGAAUAAAGAUCAACUAUACAUUUGAAGCAGAAAACGAGAGGAGGCAGUUGGGCCUGCCGUCUAGGGUACGGUUCAAAGACCACCUGUCUGAUCAGUUCACUGCAAGUACAACCCUAAGGGGGCAGAACUCAAAAGAGUGUGUGACAACCAAGCUUGUACUGCAGGAAAAAAUUAAAGAUAAGCUACGCCCCAUUCCAGUAUCAGUCAGUGUUAAAAUUGCUGGCCUGGAGUCUAGCUCACCAUCCAGAAAAAAAGAGAGAGCGCUUCCGGAUCUCAUACCAAUUCUAAAUUCAAAUGAAUCUGAAACAAAGACCACAAAAGUGGAGUUCUUAAAAGAAGGAUGUGGAGAAGACAAUGAAUGUCACAGCAAUCUGAAACUUCAGUACCGGUUUUGCGCUAGAGAAGGAAAUGAAGACAGGUUUACUUACUUACCAAUUGAAAAUGGCAUGCCGGUGCUUGUUCUGAAGGAUCAGAAAGAUAUUGCCCUGGAAAUAACAGUGACAAACAAUCCAUCUGAUGCAAAAAAUCCACAAAAAGAUGGUGAAGAUGCAUAUGAAGCUAAACUAAUUGCAACUUUUCCAGACAGUCUGACAUAUUCUGCAUUCAGGGAGAUGAGGGCUUAUCCUGAAAAACAACUAACAUGCGGUGCUAACCAAAAUGGUUCUCAAGCAGAGUGUGAACUUGGAAAUCCUUUCAAAAGAAAUUCCAAUGUAACCUUUUAUCUGAUCUUGAGUACCACUAAAGUUAAUGUUGAUACAACAGACUUGGACAUUAAUCUGAAGUUGGAAACAACAAGCACUCAAGUUAAUUCGACUCCAAUUACAGCUAGUGCUAAAGUGGUUCUUGAAUUGCUUUUAUCACUGACAGGAGUCGCUAAGCCUUCUCAGGUGUAUUUUGGAGGUAACAUUGUUGGUGAGAGUGCUAUGAAAUCUGAAGAUCAUAUUGGAAACCUCAUAGAGUAUGAAUUCAGAGUAACUAACUUGGGCAGACCACUGAAAACAUUUGGUACCGCUUCCCUGGACAUCCAGUGGCCGAAAGAAAUUAGUAAUGGCAAAUGGCUGCUUUAUUUGAUGAAAAUAGAUUCUGAAGGCUUGGAAAAAGUCUCCUGUCAACCCGAGAAUGAAAUCAAUAGUUUGCAUGUUGCGGAAUCCCAUAACUCACGAAGGAAGCGUGAGGUUGCAGAGAAGCAGAUUACGGAGAGCAAGACAUUUUCUUUAUUCUCAGAAAGAAAAUACAAGACCUUGGACUGCAAUGUAAAUGCACGCUGUGUGGACAUAAAAUGUCCCCUGAAGGGUUUAGACAGCAAGGCAUCUAUUGUGCUGCGCUCCAGAUUGUGGAACAGCACUUUCUUAGAAGAGUACUCCAAAAUGAACUACCUGGAUGUUCUUGUUAGGGCUUCAAUCAGUGUUCCUGCUGCAGCCAAGAAUGUUAAACUCACAAAUGAAGUUGCUCAGGUGCGUGUUACGGUGUUUCCUGCAAAACCAGUAGCACUUUACACAGGAGUUCCGUGGUGGAUCAUCGCGGUGGCUAUUUUUGCUGGAAUACUGAUGCUUGCUCUGUUGGUAUUCUUACUAUGGAAGUGUGGUUUCUUCAAGAGAAAUAAGAAAGAUCAUUACGAUGCCACAUAUCACAAGGCUGAGAUCCAUGCUCAGCCAUCUGAUAAAGAGAGGCUUACUUCUGAUGCAUAGUAUUGAUCUACUUCUGUAAUUGUGUGGGUUCUUCCAGCGUUCUAGGUACGAAGACAGUGUCCCCCAAUAUCAUGCUGUAAGAAUUCGAAAAGAAGAGCGACAUAUCAAAGAUGGGAAAUGCGAAGACCUUGAGACAAAACAGUGGUUCACAAAAUGGAAUGAAAAUGAAAGUUACUCUUAGGGAAAAAUUCUUUUAAUUCACAAAGUUCAGAUAGAGGUGAAUCUUUUCACGAAUGGAAUACGGAUGGAGUUAGACCUAUGAACACUAUGGACAGUCACCAUUUGAUUGUAGAUAUUACUGCUUAUAUCGAGGCUUUUGUUUGCACAGUUAAAAUUGCUUCUACAGACUUUAUUUGCAUUAUUUAAUUGCCAGACUGCCUCUUUUCCCC